UACAUCUAUUUUUUGUUUUUUUAUGAUGAAGAAAUCUGUUAUAUACCACUAGCUCUUGUGUUUAUUUCUAACAUCCCUUCAUGGAUCCUACCAGGACCAUUUUCAUUUUUCUUUCUGUUCUUUUAUAUGGUUCUACUACUGGUUUCAGUCGCGUUUUCUCUUCGGAAAGUUGUCCUUUUCCGGCGAUUUUUAAUUUUGGUGCCUCUAAUUCCGAUACUGGUGGCUUCGCUGCCGCCUUCAUUCAACCUAAGCCUCCUAAUGGAGACACCUUUUUGGUGCCGUCUGGAAGAGUAUGUGAUGGACGACUCAUCGUUGAUUUCACCGCUGAGAGUUUGGGUUUGCCAUUCUUAAGCUCUUACUUGAAUUCACUGGCAACCAAUUUCUCACAUGGUGCGAAUUUUGCAACGGUGUCUUCCACCAUAAGAUUACCAACGGCUGAUGUUAUCCCCCAAGGCCAGGCGAGUCCAUUCUACCUAUCUUUACAAUAUUCACAAUUUGCUCAGUUCAAAAAUAGAUCCCAAAUUAUUAGAAGACAAGGAGAAAUAUAUGCAAGUCUAAUGCCAAGGGAGGAAACUUUUGCCAAGGCAUUAUACACUUUCGACAUCGGCCAAAAUGAUCUCACGCAAAGUCUCUUCCUUAACAUGAGCAUAGUGCAAGUUAUCGCUGCCAUCCCUGAUAUAGUCAACCACUUCUCAGACAAUAUCAAGAAUCUAUAUAGUUUAGGAGCAAGGUCAUUUUGGGUUUACAACACAAGGCCAAUCGGUUGCUUUCCACAGAUUCUAACUAGUUUUCCAUCAGCUAAAAAGGACUCUGUCGGUUGUGCAAAGCCGUAUAAUCAAUUAGCUCAACGUUUCAAUGCUGAGUUGAAGAAUGCAUUGGCUCGACUUAGGAUUGAGUUUCCUUUGGCUACAAUUGUUUAUGCAGACCUCUACUCUGCUAUAUACUCUUUAUAUACUCACCCGACCAAAAAUGGAUUUGAACGUCCUCUUGUUGCUUGUUGUGGUUAUGGAGGGAAGUACAACUAUGGCAGGGAUGCAACAUGUGGAGGAACAAUUAGUGUUAAUGGCAAAAACAUUAUGGUGGGAUCAUGUAAAGACCCAUUAGUUCGAGUGAGUUGGGAUGGAGUUCAUUUCACUGAAGCUGCAAAUAAGUUUGCUUUUGAUCUUGUGUCAUCUGGAGAUUUCUCAAAUCCACCUAUUCCUUUGAAAUUGGCAUGCCGCCCUAGAUAAACAUCAUCUGGGGUUUUGUUUGGUUUUUUUUUUUUGGUGAAAAAGAGAUGAUUUAUCAUAACCAAGGAGGAAACACUAAACUGCAUUGGUAAAAUUGAAAUAAAAAAGCCGAUCGAGUUUUAGCUCGACUGGCAUGGAUAUCGUUGUCAAUAUAGGAGGAUGUGGAUUUGAGUGCGCUGAAGUGCAUUAUCCUCCUAUUUAUGGGUUAGGGAGGAGCUAUGGGUAGUUCUAGGUAUUGUGUAAAAAAGAGCAGAUAUGAUCAAAACCUAUAAUGAGAUUGUUAAAAAAAAAACUGAAACAAAGAAAAUUAGUGUUUGUUUCUUUAGAAUGAAACAUGUAUUGCAAUCAUAAAAUCAAAAGAAAGAAUGUGUGAACUAAUGUUUGGUCAUACCAUCUUAAAUUACUCCUCAUUCAUCUCCAAGUCAUCAAUAAAACAUGUGAAUCCUUCAAAAA